AUGAUGAAUGGAAGCCAUUGUCAUACAUCAAAUUUAGAACAAGUGCCAAUGAAAAAGCUAAUAUCGAUUACGCCAUCAGUUUUAUCACAACAAAAACAAACACAAGAUAAUCUAUUAUUUACAUCUGAUUUAUUUCAACGAGUUAUUAGUGCUGUAUUAUGUUCAUUUAGUCAAUCAACGUCAAAUAAUGAUAAACAUGUAGCAUUAGAAUAUUUAGAAAAUUUAAAAGAAAAUCAUAUUUUACUCUGUUGUACAAUUGGAUUUGAAUUUAUUAAACAGCAACAACAACCAUUGUUACAUCAUUAUGGUAUACAUCUAAUAGAAAAUAUAAUUAAAUAUAAAUGGUCGGCUUUGAAACCAGAUGAAAGAAAUGUGCUGGAAGAACAAUUAUUUUCAUUGAUUAAAACUAAUCUCAAUGAUUCAUUUAUGGAACCAAUAUAUAUUAGAACGGCAUUAGCACGUUGUACAGUCGAGAUGAUUAAACGAGAAUGUUUUGAAAAGACAAAUACACCGCUAGAAGAAUUGAUAACAUUAACUCAACAAACUUCUAUGAACGAUGAAUUUGGUAAUCGUAAUUUAAUUCAGUUAGAAUUGAUCUUAUUAGUAUAUCGUUUUCUCAAUGAAGAAUUAACCGUUUAUCAGCAAUCAAUUCCAUCACAACGCCGUCGACAAUUAUUAAGUCAAUUACAAAAACGUUUAAACGAUAUUCUACCGUCAAUAAUGAAAACUUUGAAUGAUCUCUUAUUAUAUAGUCAAGAGAAAGUACCAAAUGGUGAUCGGUUAAUUGAAACAUGUUUAUUGUGUUUAAACAGUUUUUUAUCAUGGAUCGAUUAUACUCAAAUUGAACAAUAUGAAACAUAUUUAAUCGAAUUAUUAAUGAAAUUUUUUCAUUUAACUCAACAAAUUCGUUUAAGACAUGCAGCAUUCGAAUGUCUAUUGAGUUUUAUCAAUCGUCGAUUUCUCAGACAACGAACAAAUAAAAAACCAUCAACCACAACAACAACAACAACAUAUUCGUAUGAACAAGAAAAGAUAUUUAUAAAUUAUUUAUUGAAUGAUAACACAUUGGAAUUAUUCUAUCGAUUAGUCAUGUGCAAUAAUAAUAAUUCCGAUAGUGAGAUAACGGCCACCAUGAUCGAACAGUUUCGUACAUUAAUAACUAAUGAAUAUUUAACAUUUCUUAAAAUGCUUGGUCAAUUUUUAUUAAAGAUCACUACUCAUCUUUUGUAUUUAUUUCAACAGUUAACAUCACGAACACCAAUAGAUAAUGAACAAUUUUUGCCAUUUUUAAUGGAACGUAUAAAAUCGUUUAUUCAAUUUCUUCUCUUAUUAAACGAUCAUCCAUAUCAUCAAUUAUCAUUAAAUUCUUAUCAAGCAUUAAGUAUGUUCAUAAGUAAACAAUCAUCACCAUUUUAUUUGUUAUUAAAUGAACAACUUUGUCUGAAAUUAAUUGAAAAUUUAAAACAAUCAUUGGUGCGUAUUCACUUUCCAUUAUCAUUACCAUCAUCUACAAUUGUGAAUAACACAAAUGAAUGUUUUGUAAAACAAUACCAACAUAGUCAACAAUGUUUAUGUUAUAUUAUGUUUGAAUUUGAUUCGGAAGAUCAAUUUUUUUGGAAAUCUUUUUCACAAUAUCGACUUGAAUUACAAAAAUUAAUUAAAGCGUUUACUGAUAUGAUUUUUGUAACAACAGGUAAGGUUAAACGGGUGAAAGUUGUUGGUAUUCUAUCGGACGGACAACAGUCAACUAAUAUGAAUUAUUUAAAUUCAAUCUUGAAGUAUGUGAUGCAAUAUUUGAUUAAUUUAAUACAGCGUACACCAACUGAACUCAAUCACCAAUCUUCUGUGAUAACAGCUUAUCUUAUUAAUGAAUGGGAAUCACUUUAUUUGUUAAUUGAUCAUAUUCUAUUUGUCCUACGUAAACAUCUAUUUCCUCAAAAUAUCAAUAAUAAUUUAGCUAUUCAACAACAACAGUUAUUAAUGAAACCUGAUCUUAUUGAACAGUUUUUAUAUACAAUAAAGUAUCUUUUGCAAUUUACACCGUCGACGAAUGAAAAUAUAUACGGCUAUGUUUUAAAUAUUUUGUCAGUGAUGUUUUUUGUUACAAACUAUGAUCAGACAUUGAUAAUACAAAUUUUGCAACGUUUAUUAACGACGUAUCAACAUUAUCAACAACAAUCUUUAGUAGGUGAUUAUCCGUCUGAUUUAAUACAAAGUCAAACAUCAAAUGCUUUUCUAUAUUUAUGUAGAAAUUACACGUUAAAAUUGAUUGAUUAUUAUUCUGAUUUAUAUCCCUAUUUGUGUCAAUUGAUUCAGAAUGAAUUUCAACACUGUUCGAUAAAAACAUCAACAAUCAUGAAUGUUGAUGAUAAUUGUUCGAUAUUAAAAUUACUCGAUUCAGCAUUAUGUUUAAUGUAUAAAAAAUUGACAAUUGACACAGCAAAUGACGAACAAAUAAAUUAUUUUUAUGAAUUAUUGAAACCGAUUUAUGAAUUUAUAUCAUCGAAUGAAUUUUCAAACAAUUGCUUGUCAUCACUAACAAAUUUCAUUCAAUAUUUUAAAUUUGCCUAUUUUUGUUUAGAUUUUUGUCAGACAAAUUCGAACCAGGAGCAAGAAACUGUUUAUCAUUGGCGGCGUCGACGUUUAAUGUUGUGUUUACAUUGUUUGUGUUGUAUAUUAAAAUUCUCAAAACAUCAACAAGAUCAGACACCGAUAUUAUUCAAAACUAAAAUUAUUUUAAGUUUAAGACCAUUUUUAUUCGAUUCUGUGUUAAAAAUAAUUCGCUAUUGUAAUCAGUUAUACGAUCCAAAUGUAAAUCCUUUUUAUGAUUUAACCAAAACAAGUUUACUAUCAUUUAGCGAAACAGAAAAACAAAUCUAUUUAGGCACGUACGAAAGUAACAAUAUAACAAAAGCAACAGUCACAACAAUAACAGCAACAACAUUCAGUCCAUCUGAUAAUCCAUUUCAUGCUGUACGACAAUCGCCUCUACAAGAUAAAGUGUCAAACCGUUUAUUUGAACAUCAAUUACAUGACUAUAUUCAUCGUUUAUUUGAUAUUUCCUAUCAAUUAUUAGGUAGUUAUUUUGUUUAUGAUCAUGAUUUAUAUUCGAUGAAAACAAGAGAAUUAACAGAUAACAAAUUGAAUGAACAACAACAGGAACAAUAUUUUUUAACUUCAUUUUUACAAACGAUUAUAUUUGAAAAUUUGAAUACAAUACCACCAUUUCGUUUACGAAUUAUAUUAAAACAUUUUUGUCGUCCAUUUAUUGAGCAUUUUUCUUUAACAACUGAAUUUCAAACAGAACAAUCAUCAAUAAAUGAUUUAUUUCUAUCGUUUUUGGACAUAUUUUUACCGUAUAUUCAACAACGUUUAAGACAAAUGUGGCAAAAUUUAAUAUCAAAUGAACAGCAAUCACAACAAAGUCAAUUGAUCUAUUAUUCUUGUUCGGAUGAAGUAAUUGAAGAAUGUCUAUGUGUUUUAUUGACAAGAGAUUUUGUUGAUAUAUUAAGACAUUUUAUUUUGAAACCAAUCAUAUCAAUUACUAAUAAUAAAAAACAAGAUAAUCAACGAAAAACAACAAUAACAUCAACAACAAAUAAAAUAUUAAAUGGAAAUCAUGAAAUGAGUUAUUUAGAUGACAAUGAUAUCGAUACGACCGUAGAUGAUGUUGUUGAUAAUAAUAACAAUGAACAAUUUACAAAUAAACAACUGAAUAUAUCAAAUGAGAAGAUUGACUACAGUGAUUUAUUUUUACAUUUAAGUAAAAUAUGUCGAAAUGGUCCAAAUGUAACAUCAUCAUAUCGUACGUGUAUAAAUUUAUUCAAUUCUGUUAUACAGAUUCUAUUUGAAUGUUUAACAUUUCCUGAUGCCUAUUGUGUUAAUCGUUUUCUACCAAUUAUUCUUCCAUUAAUGAGAUUACAUUAUGAUAUAACAAAAAUAGAUGCUAUUGUCAUAUUAGAUGUGAAACUAUUAUUUAGCUGUUUAUUAAAAUCAUUACAACGACAUGGUGAAAAUGAAGGUCUUAUCACAAAUAUACUAUCGUUAAUUGGUCAUAUUUAUGAAUUAUGGCAUGAUAAAUAUUCGCCAUCUAUUGAUAAUUUGUUUAUCACAACUAUACCAAAUUUCAAUACCGAAUUAUUAACAACAUAUAAAAUGAAAAUAUGUUCAACAGAACCAAAAAAACCACUAACAGAACGUGAACGACGUGAAAUACUUAAGAAUUUAUUUGGCUCACUGAUUGGACAGACGAAUAAGAAAGAAACAUUGAAAAAAAACAUCAAAAAUAAAAUGUUAUCCUUAUCAAUGUCGUUUGAUGAACAAAGUGAUGUCAAUUAUUAUCAAUUUGAUCCUAAAACUGUGGUCGAAGAAUUGAAAAAAGCUAUUAGUGAACUUGAUUUUGUUGGUCUAGUACAUAGUCGAAAAUGGUGCAGUGAAAUGUUAAAUUGUAUAACAUCAUCAACGAAAGCAGCAGCAACAUCGAAUGAAUCUGAAAUGUUACAUAAUAACGAUGAUAAUGAUGGAAUUCAUAUCAACAUAUCUUCACGUGAAUUGGGAACAUCUGCUAGUAUAUAUAUGAUGGCGAAAUGUUAUUUUGAUUUACGUGAAUAUAAAAGGUGUGCACAUCAUUUGAAACAGUGUACCACAGGAUACGGAUUUUUUCUUCGUGUCUAUUCUUUAUAUCUGGACGGUUUAAAACAAAGAUGUGACGAUUUUGUUGAUGUUUUUCCUGAUACAGCCGUUAGUCAAAGACAAGCAACAACAGCACUCGAUAAUUCUUGGCUUAUAAACUUACGAUGUGAACUGACAACAAGUGAAAAAAAUGAAACAUUAGACGGAUACGGUUACUAUGUGUAUGCAUUGGUACUCAAACGUUUAAGUUUAUUGAACGAAGCAUUAAUUUAUUUCAUUAAAACUGUUCAAUUAAUUCCUCAUUUGUGGUCCGCAUGGGAAGAUUUAGCUUAUUUAAUUGACACUGAACAAAAACUUCACAGUUUGGAUUUGCCCGAACAUUGGAUAAGAAAUGUGUUUUAUGCACGUUGUUAUAUUGAAUUACAUAAACCGGAAUUAUGCAUAUUUAUAUGCAAAGAACUGAAUAUAAUUGGUUUUCAAAAUUCAACAUAUAUUCUAUUACAACAAGCUAAAGCGUAUGAAAAUGGUGCAGAACUACAAUUGGCUCGUUCAUGUUGUGAAGAUGCUCGUACAAUUGAUCCGUAUAAUCUUGAUUCUAUGGAUGUUUAUUCAAAUAUACUAUUUGUAUUGGAAGAUUAUCAUGCACUUGCUGGUCUUGCACAAAAAUGUAUUGAAAUAGAAAAAUUUCGUUUUGAAACUUGUAUUGUCGUCGGUAAUUUUUAUAGUAUAAGAAAUGAUCAUGCUCGUGCCAUUCAAUAUUUUACGCGUGCAUUACGAAUGAAUCCUGAUUAUGCAGCUGCAUGGAUACUAUUAGGACAUGAAUUUGUUGAAGGAAAAAAUCAUGCGGCAGCCAUUAAUGCCUAUCGUGAAGCAUUAGAUUUAAACAAAAAAGAUCAUCGUGCAUGGUACGGUCUAGGUGAAACAUACGAAAUUAUCAAAAUGUAUUCAUACGCAUUGUAUUAUUUUAAAGAAGCUUUUGCACUUAAACCAAAUGAUUCGCGAUAUGCCAAUGCUCUAGGAGAAAUAUAUGAACGAACACAAAAAAUGAAUGAAGCAAAAAAAUGUUAUUGGCGUGCUUAUUGUGUCGGUGAUAUUGAAGGAAAUGCAUUAGCAAAAUAUGCACAGUAUAUAGUUCAAAACGUCUGUGAUCAUUUAAAAGAUGAAGAAGGUGCAGCACGAUCCUAUAUGGAAUUUAUUCGUACACAAGAAAUGAGACAAGUUAAAAAUUUUCAAGAAUUUGCACAAGCAGCCGAAUUUUUAGCUAGUUAUCAUUUGAAAAAACAUCAGUUUGAUCAAGCCUGUGCGUAUGCAAGAAAAUGUUUAGAAUUUCCAGAGGUACGCAGUGAAGCUAGUGAUAUACUACGUAAAAUUACAGCUUUACAUUCUAAAUUAUUACCAACCGGUGAUGAGACAACAAAUCAAAUCGAUGCUUCAUAA